AUGUUGAAAAACAGCAAGCUUGGAUGGAUGCUUUCAGGACCAUAUAAGGAGCCAUCGAUGCAACCGAGUUAUGUAGGAUUCAUUUCCAAUGAUCAAUUAAAUUGCGAAAUAACAAAGUUUUGGCAAAUCGAAGAAAUAGACAGCAGUCCUCCAAUGCAGGGUUCGGACAAAAUCUGUGAAGACCACUUUUUAAAGACAGUUCACCGACAUGAAAAUGGAAGAUAUGAGGUGAGUCUACCAUUUAUUGAAAAUAGAAAGUCAGAACUUGGAGAAUCAUUCCAUCUAGCCAAGUCACGCCUGUUAAACCUGGAAAGACGCUUUAAAUCAGAUAAAAACCUUUUGAAUAAAUAUGCAGAGUUUAUGGAAGAGUAUAUUCGGUUAGGCCAUGCGCAAGAAACCACAGUGAUACAACAUUCAACUCAAGAAAAUCCAGUUUAUUAUCUUCCACAUCACCCCGUUAUAAAAGAAUAUGGUACAACCAAGUUGCGGGUAGUAUUUGAUGCUUCGGCUAAAACAUCUAAUAAUAUAUCAUUAAAUGACAUCUUACAUACAGGACCUAAGCUACAGCAAGAAUUAAUAUCAAUACUAAUUAGAUUUCGAUGCUGGAAAUGUGACCCAAAGGAAGACAUUCGUUGUUAUAAAUUAACAACAGUAACCUAUGGCACAUCUUCCGCACCCUAUUUAGCAAUUCGUGUUUUGAAUAAACUAGCAGAGGAUGAAGAAAGCAGUACACCUGUAGCAGCAGAUAUUAUUAAACAAGACUGCUAUGUAGACGAUAUAAUAACAGGAGCAAACUCCAUAACAGAUCUUCAUAUUAAAUCUGAUCAACUUGUGACAAUGCUUGGCCGCGGAGGAUUUUCUCUACACAAGUGGUCCAGCAAUAAUCAAGAAUUUUUAAACACAAUUGCACAAGAAAAUCAAGAAUUAGAAAAUACGUGCUUCAUUGAUAAACUGGAAUUUAAAGCAUUGGGGUUAUUAUGGAACCCGACAGAAGACAUUUUUAAGGCAACAAUUCCAUCAGCAUUCCAAAGAACUUUCACAAAAAGAGCCAUUUUAUCAGCCAUAUCCCAAAUCUUCGACCCAAUGGGACUUAUAGCCCCAGUCGUAGUCAAGGCGAAGAUGAUAAUGCAAAAGAUAUGGAAACAGAAGACUGAUUGGGAUGAAGAAGUUCCAGCAACAAUUAAAGAAGAGUGGAAAACCCUUCAAAAUCAGUUCACUCUUCUAAAGAAAUAA